AGAAAACAUGGAUCCCUCCAUCACUGGCAGGCUGUCAACUGAAAGUUGUGGUGUUUCUAUUUACGAGCUGGCAUUGUCCGGCGAUGUAUUGGCAAUACGAUCUAUUUUGGGAAGCGAUAAUGAUAGAAAUGAAGAAAAUGUUUUGAAGAAUGUAUUAUGGGAAAAGGACGAAAUUGGGAGAAAUGCACUGUUUGCGGCGAGUAUGUUAGGGCGAAGUGAUGUGAUCCGAGAGCUUGUAAAACACGGUGCUGAAGUGAAUUCAUGGACUGUAAAAGGUUAUUCCCCACUGCAUUAUGCUGCCCUUUGGGGUCAACUUGAUACGCUGGUAACUUUGGUGGAGCUUGGUGCUGACAUUGAAGCAAGAAACUUUCGCGGAGAGCGAGCAAAGGAGGUUGCAUCUCGCUAUUCAAAAACGGACUGCAUAGACUACCUGUCCUGGGCUGAGGCCAAGCUGAGCUUGCAGUCGUAUAUAGCAAUGGUUCGACACACCUUAUCAGAUUCAGACAAACUUCAAGGCAAACUGAACAAGGAGGACAAGAAUAUCUGUAAUAACACAUGCACAUCAAAAUCAGACUGGAUGAACAAUACCAAAAACGCAACCACGGAAGACUUCUGGGAGCAAAGAAAACAUAUUGAAGAUGUCCUUUCCCCGAUUCUAGCCAAGUUAACUCAUCCAGCUGAUGCUACAUCAAAAGCAAGUAAAUAGAGACAAAACAAUCUAUCUGUAUUAAUUUGAAGAGCCCAUAAUUGGUCGAUGUUGAUUGCCAGCCCAAAUGAUCUCCUCACUAUCAGAAAAGGUACUUCCAAUUGUGACCAGCAGGUGUCUCACUCGUAUUAUGGUUUCCGGCUCUGACGGUUUCCACAGCCGUACAUAGAUAUCUACUGUAUACAGCUCUGAUGGUUUCACCAACAGGGCAUUUUAGAUGGUACUUCAAAAAAAAAAAAAAGAAGUCAAUACUAUAUGUCAACAUAUGUGAUUAAGAUGUUUGUCUCAUG